AAAAAUAGUUAACAUCGGCAUCGAGAUCGAACGGCAAAUGGGAUCUUUAUCUUACACACGAAAAUUUUCCACCAUUAAAAACCAUAUCGUCUCCUCCACUAAUUGCAGCCAUUAGCAGCUACCACUGAAGAACAACAAGAAAAAAAUGUCAGACACACACAGCAAUGGAGACUCUAAAUCUUCAGUCAAACUCCCCAAUAUCAAAUUCACCAAGCUUUUCAUCAAUGGAGAAUUCGUCGAUUCUAUCUCAGGAAAAACGUUUGAGACGAUUGAUCCAAGAACAGAAGAAGUGAUUGCGAAUAUUGCUGAAGGAGAUAAAGAUGAUAUUGAUUUGGCUGUUAAGGCUGCUCGUGCAGCCUUCGAUCGUGGCCCUUGGCCUCGCAUGUCGGGAUCGGAAAGAGGAAGGAUUAUGAUGAAAUUUGUGAAUUUAGUGGAAGAAAAUAUCGAAGAAUUAGCAUUAUUGGACGCCAUUGAUGCUGGCAAGGUGCUGACCUACGGGAAGGCGAGGGACAUACCCUUUGGAGCAAGUGUACUUAGAUAUUAUGCAGGCGCGGCAGAUAAAAUACAUGGAAAAACAUUAAAAAUGUCAAACCAAUUGCAAGGAUACACAUUACACGAACCCAUCGGUGUCGUUGGGCACAUAAUCCCAUGGAACUUCCCUGCCGGAAUGUUCUUUUUUAAAGUUAGCCCGGCGAUGGCUGCCGGGUGCACCAUGGUGGUAAAGCCAGCCGAACAAUCUCCACUUUCCGCUCUUUAUUGUGCACAUUUGGCUAAAAUGGCUGGUGUUCCAGAUGGGGUGAUUAAUGUAGUAACGGGAUUUGGACCAACAGCCGGAGCUGCGAUUACUUCUCAUAUGGAUAUCGACUGUGUCAGUUUCACGGGCUCAUCAGAAGUAGGACGACUUGUGAUGCAAGCUGCUGCCAUGAGUAAUUUAAAAUCUGUGUCUCUCGAGCUCGGAGGCAAAUCCCCUUUAAUAGUUUUUGAUGAUGUGGAUGUUGAUUCGGUCGUUAAUCUUGCUCUCCUGGGUGGUUUCGCUAACAAGGGUGAAUUUUGUGUGUGUAGCUCGAGGAUUUUCGUCCAAGAAGGAAUUUAUGACGAAUUUGUGACUAAGUUUGUCAAGAAUGCGAAAGACAUAACAGUUGGUGAUCCCUUUGAUCCUUCCACUCGUCAAGGACCUCAAGUUGAUAGGGCACAAUAUGAGAAAGUGCUUUCAUAUAUCGAACAUGGGAAAAGACAAGGUGCAACGUUGGUAACGGGAGGAAAGCCUUCUGGGGAUAAGGGAUAUUAUAUCGAGCCAACGAUUUUCACAAAUGUUACGGAUGAUAUGCUUAUUGCAACAGAUGAAAUUUUUGGUCCAGUAAUAUCUCUCUUUAAGUUCAAGACAAUUGAGGAGGCAAUUGAGAGGGCGAAUUCAACACGCUAUGGUUUAGCUGCAGGAAUAGCAACAAACAAUUUAAACAUAGCAAACACUGUUUCACGAUCGCUUCGUGCAGGUAUUGUUUGGAUCAAUUGUUAUUUGGCGUUCGAUGCGGAUAGCCCUUAUGGAGGAUAUAAAUUAAGCGGAUUUGGAAGAGAAUUUGGGAUGGAAGGUUUAUACAAGUAUCUCCAAGUUAAAUCUGUUGUCACACCCGUUCAUAAUUCUCCUUGGCUUUAAACGUAUCAAGGAUUCGAUAUUUGCAUAAUAUCGACAUAUUAUGUGUGAUGACUCCUCAAAUAUGUUGAUUUAUAAGAAAAUUUUCAAAUAUUGAUUGGAAUGUGUAAGACAUCAAAUUCAAAGUUACAAAGUAGCC